GUCAGCUGGUUGUUGGCCCAGCGCCAGAACCGGCCGCUCGCUCGCCGCCGGCAGCGAAGAGGCGGUUCGCUCGGUCGGAUCGGCGCAGAACGGAGUCGACUGUUGUGUGGGGAGGGCGCGGUGCGGCCAGCGGGCGAAGUGGACGCGAGGGGUGGCCUUUGCCUUUGAGUGGACAGACAGACACUCGGCGGGGGAGGAUGUACACGGUGUCGAAGGGCCCCAGCAAGAUCGUGGCGAGGACCAGGAGAGGUCUGUCUCAGAAGCUCGACAGCCUGGACGCGCUCCGGGAGCUGACCCGGAAGUCGUCAUCGGACUCAUCUCCGCCAUCAUCCCCUGAGACACGAUCCGUGGCCGAUCUAGAGAUCAGCUCGCCGCGGCCCGUGUUCUCCGAGAGGCGGCGGCAGAACUCGCGGCAUAAACCCCAGCCGACCAUCUCACCGCAGCACGAGGAGGUCGUCCGGUAUCUGGAGCACACCUGGAGUCGAGUUCAGGAGGAACUAGACAGCUCAAAUGGAGAGGACGCGGCGGAGUCCUUUUACUACGACCAGCGGGAGGUGCACCCAGCCCUGCUCGAUUUCGAGCCAUUCGACUUGGAGUCAUGGUGGGGCCGCCGUCUCUACCAGCAGCUGACCGGCUCCUCCACCACCUCCUAGGCGCACUGGUCACGUGAUCCAGCCGCACCGCACACCGCGCUUUCGCCAGACGUGUCACGUGACUGGGACAGCCCGCCACCGCCCGUCCAGACGCUGCUCGUAGCGGAGUUAUGUGAUCCGGACGGUGUCCCUCAGUGAACUGUCACGUAACCUUCUGGUGGCCGCUUGCGCUCAACGUCAGUGACCGGGCGGGACCCGUGGCCCACUGGUCACGUGCCCGCUGCCUUGGAACUGAGCAAUGGUGGCGACAUCUGUACAGUGUACAUCAGCGCCCUCUAUAUGGCGGCCGGGUACAGUCGCCCGUCCGCCCGCCAUAUUGGGGAGAGUAGCAUUCCAAUAGUCGUCAGAGAACGUAGCGAGGGGCGCCGAGCGGCCGACCUGACCCGACCCCGGGUCACCCACGUGACCUGGACGGGACGCUGGGAAACCUCAGGCCCAGCGGGGCCCUCGGUCGCCCACUCUACCGUAGUUUUCACCAUGAAUGGAUGGGAGGGAGCGCGAUAUUCGAAUGUUUGUGAGACGAUUGAAAGCACGAGACUCAUGUUUCUCCCUUUGCGAGUGUAAGAGCAUCACCAAGAUCACGGAGCACGACGAGACGAUAGUGUGCGGGUGUGCCCGCGAGAGGUCACCGAUACUGUGACCCCAGGUCACUGGCUGUGACCCCCGGGUCGGAAUUAGACUGACCCGACCGGGCCGCCCCUAUAUUUUGCUAUAGACAUUGUUAGCUGCCGGUGGCCGCCAGCUGUGUGUUUGUAUGUGUGUCUGUGGGUGUAUGUGGCGGCCGCCGCAGUGCAGAGAGUGAAGGGGCAUUGUGCAAUGACGUCAUGCUCGGCGCCGGUCGGUGUGACGUCACAGGUCACGUGACCGGCGGCCGUGCUAUGGGCGACAAUACAAACAGGAGAACCAGGCAGGA